AUGGAAAACGAGGAUGGUAUGGAUGAUGGAAUUUUAAAAUGGAAAGAUAAGCGGGACGUGAUGAUGCUUUCUACUAAACAUUCUGAUAAAAUGUCAACAAUCGCCAAAAAGGGCAAACAGAUUACUAAGCCGAAAGUGAUUUUAGAUUAUAAUAAGUCAAAAGGAUCUGUCGAUAUGAGCGACCAAAUGUCGUCGUAUUCUUCUCCCUUACGUAAAACUAUUAAGUGGUACCGGAAACUUGGUAUUGAGAUUUUGUUGAAUACUGCCGUAGUAAAUGCAUGGAUUAUGUUUACCGAAACUAGGAACACAAAAAUGUCAAUCGUAGAGUUUCGGAAAUCUCUAGUAGACUAUCUAACAAGCUCGUCAGAUUCUCAGCAGACUGAGUCAGGAGUAACGGUAUCAAGACCCAAACGUUUGAAGCACGAGUUGCUAACAAAAACUGGGACAGUGAGAAAUACUAGACGAUUUUGUGUACACUGUUACAAAGAUAUGGUAAAGCAGUUUGGACGAAAAUUGGCGAAAAAUAAAGCUAAACUACUUAUACUUUUUGCGCUCAAUGUGAUGGAAACCCACAUAUCUGUUUAUCCUGUUUUAAUAAGAUCCAUCGUUAUGUUUAGUUCUUUCUAG